AUGGCAAUGGCAAGAGGUAUGAUUAGGAGGAUGAGGAAUACGGUUGGUGCCGUUCUACUACGCCCUCCAACAACAUCAACUCAUUCGCACUUCUUCCAUUUUAAUAUCGAUUCUCUCCCUCCAUCAGAAUCCCACUUUUGUUCCUUCUCCUCUACUUUCCUUCGAUCCUUUUCUCACCAUUUUCCAGGAGAGACAAGUGAUGAAGGUGAUAUUGACGGAUGGGAAGAGGAAGAUGAGACUGAACCUAAGAUUGGUGAUGGUGGUGAUGGUGGUGGAGUUGCCUUGCAAAAUGUCCCUUGGGGCCAGCGAGCUCACUCUAUUGCUGAGGACGUGCUUAUGCAGUUCAGUGAGGACAUCAAACUAUUUGCUUUCAAGACAACUCCUCGUGGAUAUGUUUAUGUGAGAUUGGACAAAUUAACUCAUGAAUAUGGGUGUCCAAGCAUAGAAGAGCUUGAAUGCUACAAUAAACAAUACAAGAAAAUAUUGGAUGAAGUUGGAGCACUUGGAGAGAUACCCGAUGAUUUGGCUAUAGAGGUUUCAUCCCCAGGUGCUGAGAGGUUACUGAAAGUGCCAGAUGAUAUUGGUCGAUUCAAAGACAUGCCUAUGAGAGUCUGUUACACAGAAAAUAUAGAGUCCAAUUGCCCAGAAAGGGAUGGAGUUUUCUUGUUAGAUUCUAUAGAAAAAGACUCAGAGAUGUGUGUUUGGAAGUUGGCAGACGUUAAAGAGAAUAGAGACCCCCUUAGAAAAGGCAGACCUUUAAGUCGUAAACAGAAGGAUUGGAGAUUGAAACUGCCAUUCAACUUACAUAGAAUGGUUACUCUGUACCUUGAAUAA